AUGGCUGCCUAUCUCAUUUCUCGGGUAGCCGAUCCUCUCUUCGCAAUUACGAUGGGCGUCGCUGCUUCCAUGUCCCGAAUUCGCCGCGAUCAGCAAGAAAAGAACCCCGAGAAAGCAUCUCAAAUUGGGUACGGAACCGUGGUACAGCUUGGCCAGCAGCGACUCCAGCGAUGGUGGAACGGGGACUUCAAAGAUAUUUGA